GGAAAGAGAGAAAAGGUAUUAUUAUAUGGUGAAGGGAGGCAGAAGCCAUGAUUGAGAUAAUUGGCUUCCUGACACAAAGUCAUCAUUGAACUCCCUUCUCCCCCCACUCUCCUCUAUUUAAUACCCACCUCCCGACCUCAACCCUCGCCGCCAAUCAUCAUCACCAUCAUCAUCUCUUCCCAUCUCUCUGAAACCCUAAUCCCUCCGCCGCCCACUCCUCUCCUGUUACCUCCGAUUUCCUCUGAAGAUGACGGUGGAGAAGGACGACUUGGGGCUCAGCCUCAGCUUGAGCUUUCCCCACACCACUGCUCCCACUUCCGCCGCCGCAGCCCGCCAUCAUCCGCUGCAGUUGAAUCUCGUCUCUUCCUUUGCUCUUCCCCCUCCUUUCUCUCCAUCGCCGACUCCCCUCGCGAAUCUUCAGAAAAGCGCCACCUGGAACGAUGCCUUCGCUGCUUCCGAUCGGAACUCCGCGGACGCCAGAACGUUCCUCCGAGGCAUCGACGUGAACCGUCUGCCGUCGACAGUGGACUGUGAAGACGAAGCCGGCGUUUCGUCGCCGAACAGCACGAUUUCCAGCGUGAGCGGGAAGAGGAGCGAGAGAGAAGCCAACGGUGAUGAGCAUGAGAUGGAGAGAGCUUCCUCUCGCGGCAUCAGCGAUGAGGAAGACGGCGACACCUCUCGGAAGAAGCUCAGGCUUUCCAAGGACCAGUCCGCUAUCCUCGAAGAAAGCUUCAAGGAACACAACACUCUCAAUCCCAAACAAAAGCAGGCGCUGGCGAAGCGGCUGAACCUCAGGCCUAGGCAAGUAGAGGUCUGGUUUCAGAACAGAAGGGCAAGGACGAAGUUGAAGCAGACGGAGGUGGACUGCGAGUUCCUGAAGAGGUGCUGCGAGAAUCUGACGGAGGAGAACCGGCGGUUGCAGAAGGAAGUGCAGGAGCUAAGAGCACUAAAACUCUCCCCGCAGUUCUACAUGCAGAUGACCCCUCCGACCACCCUCACCAUGUGCCCGUCGUGCGAGCGCGUGGCGGUUCCGUCGCAGCAGCAGCAACAACCCUCCGGCCACCAGAUGGCGGGGGCGCAGCAUCGCCCCAUCCCCCUGAACCCGUGGGGUGCGGCCGCCUCCAUCGCCCACCGGCCGUUCGACGUUCUGCAGCCGCGGUCGUAAUUACCCCACCGGAGGAAGGGCAUUUUGGUCAUGACGGAGAAAAUCAGCCAUGAACAGGGCAGAAGCAUGGUGUUAAUGAUGUUCUCUAACAAGUCUGUAGUGGGAAGAUUUGGUUGUUGGAAGGGGUGAUGCUGGUGGGGUCCCUGGUGUUUUGUUUUAUCGACCCAUCCCCUGUUUCAGUCGUAGAGAUUAGAGAGAGGGAUAGAGAAGAGAGGAGAUUAGGAAGAAGACUUCGAAGAUGUAAAGUGCAGUUGUGGGUUUAAUUAAUUAAUUAAUUAAUUAAGUUUGAGUUCUGAUGAAUUAAUUAAUGAAAGAAAAAUCUAUAAUGGGAA